AUGAGUAAAGGUGACAAGUCUCAAAAUAUUUUCGAUUAUAAGGCUGAAACUCUUGACUAUUGGAAACAAACUAUUGAAACAUUAUAACUAUCAAUGCAAUUCGAUGAAAAAUACAAAUUCAUUGCUCCAACUCUUAUUGAACAUGUAUUGGCCACUCUUCAAUUAAUGAUUCAAGUUAAGGGUCAGUAUAGCGAAGAUAGUUUCAUUAUUGCUCUCUCCAAAUAUGCAGAAUUCUAACAAAAAAAUGUUAAGAAAUUCAUGACUUCAUUUGUCAAUUCAUUUUAGUUGUUACUGAAGGGAAAUCAAGAAAUCUGCUAUUUUACAAUUAUGUUGAGUCCUACUGAAUUAGUCAAAGCAAGUUCUGAUCAAUUCUCGUUUUACCUCAAGUUAAGAAAAUACAUCUAUGCCAACUUUAUUAAUGAAAGAGAAACCAAAGUAAAACCAAUGAACUUUGAUUAAUGGGUUUCUGUUGUCUCUAAAUAAAUGGAUAAUUCUGCCAUCAGUCUUGUUGGAAAUAGAAUUAGAGAAGAAGCUGACGAAAAAUCCAAAGAUAAAAUUCUUAAAAAUAAUGUAAGACCAUUUGACCUACUAAUUUAUUGUUAUGAGUUAUAAUCUUAAAGGCUGUAACAAUAACCAUAAUAAAGGUAAUUAGCCACAUUUUCACCUUCAUAACAAAAAGAUGAAGAAGUGCCUUAAAAAUCAACUGUUUAACCUGUGCAACAAUAACAAUAGCAAAAACAAAAAUAAUAAAAAUAAACUGAUCUCUAGGCCAAAAUGAAAGAAGUAGUCUUAAUACAUGAAAACCUUGCAUCUAAUUAUAAUAAAUUAGCUAAUUUUGCCUAAUAGACUUAAGCCAAACUAUCAAAGGCAUUAAAUCAAAUUAAAUAAGGAUAAUAAUUAGAUGAAACUGAAAUACAAGAUCUACAAAAUAUCUUGAAGUUUAAGGAUUUCUUACAAACUGAUCCAGAAUUAACAUUAAGAAAUAGCGGAGUUUAUGAAUUCUUUUGAUAUUUUAUUCUUGGAUGUAAUUAUAAUAUAUUAAUCAAUUUGUA